UAUUUUGCUGCUAGAGACCAGGGAUUUUCUAGGAGCCUACUGCACCACCUCUGCUGCCAGCGAUCUCCUGGUUCCGCAGUCCAUCUCCCGCCGUUAACGUCUCGCUUUAAACAAGGAAGCAGGGCCGGGCUAUCGUGCAUAGUAGUGGCCAUGGCGACUGAUGGCAGCGCGGGACCCCCGCCACACAGCGAGCACGAUCACCUGUUUAAGCUGCUGCUUGUCGGUGACUCAGGCGUGGGCAAGAGUUGCUUGCUCUUAAGAUUUACUACCGACACGUUCGACGACCUUUCCCCAACCAUUGGUGUGGAUUUCAAGCUUAAAUCAGUGACCGUCAAUGGCAAGCGGAUCAAGCUAACAAUAUGGGAUACAGCCGGUCAGGAGCGAUUCCGUACGCUCACGAGCUCGUACUAUCGUGGGGCUCAGGGGAUCAUUCUGGUGUACGACGUGACGCGGCGAGACACGUUCACGAACCUGUCGGACGUGUGGCUGAAGGAGAUCGACAUGUACUCCACUGUCUCGGACUGCGUGCUCAUGCUCGUCGGCAACAAGGUCGAUAAGGAGUCGGAGCGGCAAGUGGCCAAGGAGGAGGGCAUAGCGUUUGCGCGGCAGUACGGCUCACUCUUCCUCGAGUGCUCCGCCAAGACGCGCCUCAACGUGCAACAGUGCUUCUCCGAACUAGUGCAGAAGAUCAUAGAGACGCCCUCCCUGGUGGCCCACAACACGCAUGCCACCAAAGUGCUGCGCAACUUGCAAGCAGAGUCUAACCCUGUCACUGACCCCAGUGGCAGCUGUGCAUGCUGAUUACGCCAGCUGCAGUCACCACAAACCAUCGUUCUCACCCACAAUACUGCUUGUACUGCCAUGCUUACCCCUCUGCCUCUGUUUAUCCCCCUCUCCACCUCCCUCUGCUGCUUCUGCUCAGCGGGCACUUCCUGUUUCUAUGCCCGUUAGUCAAUUUCCUGGUGUUACGUAUUGUUUCAAAGGAAAUUGUAGUGGAGAUGUGUUGUAUUAGCUUCCUAUCGCUCAACAGGUCUGCUCGAUUUUUUUUGGCACCACUAGGUGCAAGUGCAUUAUACGCUCAUAUGCCUCGUGCAUUAUAUGUUG